CUGAGCCAUGUUCUAGCCGUAAAUCUAUAAAUACUCCACAGUUAGGCAAAGAAAAAAAACUAUAUAUAUAUAUAUAUACACAUUUCGCUGCAUUAUUAUUAACGCUCCUCCAUCUGGCCAUCGUUAUAAAUAGCCAGGAACAGACAGUGUCGAUCCGGGGCGUCGACUGGCCGAGAGGCAGAGCAUCCAUUCCUCCUUUCAAAGGCUGUUAGCCUCAAUUAAAGGCAGGGGGCAGCGGUGUCGGAGGGAAUUCCAACAUGUCCGGCUACCAAGGAAAGAAAAAUAUCCCUAAAAUUACUAGCGACCGUCUCCUCGUCAAGGGAGCAAAGAUAGUGAACGAUGAUCAGUCCUUCCUGGGCGACAUCUACAUGGAGGAUGGAGUCAUUAAGCAAAUUGGAGACAACCUGAUUGUUCCAGGUGGAGUCAAAAUCAUAGAAGCCCAUGGGAGAAUGGUGAUGCCGGGGGGCAUUGAUGUGCACACCCGUUUCCAGAUGCCUGACCGAGGCAUGGUGGCGGCGGAUGACUUCUAUCAGGGCACCCGGGCGGCCCUGGCUGGUGGCACUACUAUGAUCAUCGACCAUGUGGUACCGGAGCCUGGUGUCAGCCUGCUGGCUGCUUUCAAACAGUGGAGAGAGUGGGCCGACAGCAAGUCCUGCUGUGACUAUUCCCUGCAUGUAGACAUCACAGAGUGGAACAACAGCACCCAGGAGGAGAUGGAGACACUAGUGAAGGAUCAUGGUGUCAACUCUUUCCUGGUCUAUUUGGCUUAUAAGGACGUUUUCCAGCUUUCAGACGCUCAGGUAUGCUUUGAUGGUGGCCCACCUCUGAUCUCUGCUGGCCUGUCUUUAGCAGUGUCUUCUUUUUUCAAAGGUCAUUUGUUGGCUUUGCUGUGGAUGACAGGACUUUAUAAACGUUCACCUUGUUUCUCGCAGAUCUAUGAGGUUUUCAGCGUCAUCAGAGACCUGGGAGCCAUUGCUCAGGUUCACGCUGAAAAUGGAGACAUCGUUGCAGAGGAGCAGAAACGCAUUUUAGAGCUGGGGAUCACUGGCCCUGAAGGUCACGUACUGAGUCGUCCUGAAGAGGUGGAGGCUGAGGCAGUCAACCGAUCGGUCACUAUAGCCAAUCAGACCAACUGUCCCCUGUACAUCACCAAGGUGAUGAGCAAGAGUGCAGCUGAUGUCAUCGCUCUUGCUCGAAAGAAAGGUGCUGUGGUUUAUGGAGAACCCAUAUCCGCCAGCUUGGGGACAGAUGGAACCCAUUACUGGAGUAAGAACUGGGCCAAAGCGGCAGCCUUUGUCACCUCUCCGCCGCUCAGUCCUGAUCCCACCACCCCUGACUACCUCAACUCUCUGCUGUCAUGUGGGGACCUGCAGGUGACUGGUAGUGCUCACUGCACGUUCCAUACAUCCCAGCGCGCAGUAGGCAAAGAUAAUUUCACCAUGAUUCCAGAAGGCACCAAUGGCACCGAGGAGAGGAUGUCUCUUCUCUGGGACAAAUGUGUGGUGACUGGAAAGAUGGAUGAAAACCAGUUUGUGGCAGUAACCAGCACGAACGCAGCCAAGAUCUUCAACCUGUUCCCCCGCAAAGGUCGCAUCGCCGUGGGUUCUGAUGCCGACCUCGUGCUUUGGGACCCAGAUCUAACAAAGAUCAUCUCAGCAAAGAGCCACAACCUGGCUGUUGAGUAUAACAUCUUUGAGGGGACAGAAGUGCGCGGGGGCCCUGUGGUGGUGAUCAGCCAGGGUAAGAUUGUGUUGGAGGAGGGGACCCUUCACACCACGGAGGGCUGCGGACGCUACAUCAGCCAUAAACCCUUCUCAGAUCACGUAUACAAGAGGAUAAAGGCUCGCAGCAGGCUCACAGAGCUGCGCGGAGUCCCCAGGGGCCAGUAUGACGGGCCAGUAUGUGAAGUAACCGUGACUCCAAAAGUAAUGUCCCUAGUUUCCUCGACGAAGGCCUCCCCUGCUAAGCAGCAGCAGCAGCAGCAACAGCAGUUCCCUCAUCAGCCGGUGCGCAACCUCCACCAGUCUGGCUUCAGCCUCUCCGGCGCCCAGAUUGAUGACAACGUUCCGCGUCGCACAACUCAACGUAUUGUGGCGCCCCCUGGUGGAAAGGCAAACAUCACCAGCCUCGGCUAAGCUGCUUUUCCUCGACUUAGCCUCAGAAGGAACAUGGGACCCAGAGGCCACAAUUACCAACAUCACACCCGUUUUCUGUCACUUCUGGCUCCCCUGCACCACUUCUGACCGUCUUACACCACAAAGUCACAUUGGAAAAAAAGCACUAUUUCAUGUUGUGUCACCUCCCCGAGCAUACAUUCCUGUACCGAGGUAGGAUCAGAUGAGUUUAGGAAAAAGUUUGAUUUACUUGUUGAUUUAUUUAGUUGUUUACAUUGCUUUUAUAACCUCUACAUUUUAAAGAAUAGAUCAGAGCGAUGGAUUAAAACUACUCAGGAGAGGCAGUUUUAUGAUAUUCUAACGGCAAAUAAAGUUCAGUUUUGUUUUUCUCUUAUAGCUGAUAAUUGAAUGUUCUAAGGACAGAAUCACUCCGUGCAAAAAAGUACAGGUAUAUCCAGAUUAAUGAUGGAAACAUGAAAACUUUAAAGAUCCAGAAAGCAAUCAAUUCCUCCAACCAUUUGUUGUUGUUUUUUUACGUUGCGAAGAAAUCAUCAAACUAAUAAAAUCUAUUAUGAAUACCUGCUAUGUCACUAGAACAUGUUCUAAUUCUGAUCAAAUCCAUAUUUAUUUCUUUUUAUGUAAUUAGUUACAUUAUAUAGGCCUUAUUUCAGAGCCAUUAACUGGUCAGUUGUUUUUUUGUUAAAAUAACCAAACAUUAAACUUCACCUCCAAGAUAUUAAUAUAAAUGCAAUACAAUUAAUUGCUAAAUAAUAGAGCUAAAAUAUCAAAUCCUAAAACAAAUUUUAAAAUCAUAAAUUUCUGCUCCAAACUGUCUACUUAGAGCUACUGUAGUUUUAAAAUGAGUUACACGCCCUUAAGUUUACAGACCGCUAUAGUCCAUAGUUUCACUAAUGGGAAUAUGAGAAAACAGCGAAUUUUGCUUUACCUGUAAAUGAGGAAAAACAUGUAGCCUUUUUUCUUUUCAACUGACUAGCAGUGUGCAGCAACAGGUGUGGGAGGGGCCCUUUAUAAAAUAACAGACUAAUGACUCUGGCACUUUUUCUGAUAUUUCAUUAAAAGAACUUUUUUAUUGCUUAGGAAGGUUAUGAUGAAAACCUUUAGCCGGUAACGCUCAUGCUCGCUGCUGUCACACCUAUAAUGAUUCAUCGGCAGGAUGUCCUCUGCUGCCAUUUUUUUUUUUAACCUUUUUAUAAAAAAAACAUUUUUUAAGCCUGCAGUAUUUGAUGUUUUUUUUUUUUUGUUGGUGCUGUAAUAUUCUUGUUUUGUAAUGGUUGCACUUUCCUCUUUUAUUUAUUUAUUUUCUUAAAUAGAUGGUUUAUGUCGUGAAACGUUAACUGCACUAAAAGGGAGAGAGAGGGUAUUUGGGGAUCCUGCUACUCAACGUCCUGGGCGGUUCAUGACAUCUCGUGAAGAAAUAUGAACUUUUGCCCCGCAUUGCAUUGAGUUUUUUUUUUUUAUUCCCCUCACGGCUUUAGGUCUUUUUUUUUUUCUUUUCCUUGAGGGUCGUCAGGGCAACCAGCAUCCAAUCCUCAAAUGUUUGUUGUUCAGGAAACAGAUUGACCCUAAAGAGAAGUUUGAUUGGAGGUUUUUGCCAACGACCUCUCUGCACCCGGUGCUUUCUGACCUUUUUGCUGUAUACCAGCGUAUGAUGUCCACAUCCGUGCAGCGGUCGCCUAAGCUCUGUAUGUUUAGCAGCCGGGGUAGAGCCAACCAGUCACCCAGUUUCUUUGUAUUUGCACCUAAAACAAUCCAAAAAAUAGUUAACGUGUAUGUGAGAUUGCAACUUUGUACUAGAUAUAUAUGUACGUUUUAAAGAAACGUGUUGCCUGCCUGUUAUGUAAGAUAUUGAUAGUACACUGUAUCAAUGAAGGCUCUUUAAAGAAGUGGAAAGAUGUUUGUUUUUUUGGGGAGACCUGAUGGAAAAAUCUUCAGUGUGUGUAUAUGAAGUCCCUCACAGCGUGCUGAUGAUGUCCUCUUUUCUUGGUGUUGGUGUUGUGAAAGACGUUUAAUGAUGCUGUAUAUUGUCCCUUUACCUUCCUAUCUACACAACUUCGCAAACACCAGAUUCACUUAAGCUAAUAACAGUGUUCAUGGCCACACACAGCUCCUCAGCAGAACGCUAGACUAUUUCUCUUCAUUGCCUUGUUAAGUGUAGGUUUUUGUAUACAAAGCUAUACUGUGAAGUGAUAUACAUUUGGGGAAGUUCCUUGGAGAUGGUUAUCUAGAUGUAAUGUUAAGCACUGUUUGCCCUUUUCCACCAACUGUGAUGCUCUUGCUCAUGUUUGCUUGUUUUAUUUUACUUGGAUGUACCAGAGUUUGGAGGGAACCAUCGGUCCUGUCAGCAUUUGACCUUCUCUGUGUUCAAUUCAGUGGAUUAAAAUAAUAAAAAAGUUAACUUG